AUGCGCCUCUUGCUGGCGACAGUCGCGGCGGUCGCUGCUCAACGUGGCGCGACGCCAAGCGGCCACGCGCUCCUCCUCGGCACGCAAAGGACGGGCACGACCUGGGCCAUGGCCGAGCUCGACCGGUCGCCGUGCGUGUCGACGACCUCUGAAUUAUUCAUCCAGUUCAAGUGGGAGCGCGGCGCGCGCAUGGCCUGUCUGAGGAUGCUUUACGGCGACGCCGACGCGCGGGACCGCUCUCUACGCUCGAAGUGCUCCGCGAAAUUUCGAGGGUUCCUCGACAAGAGUCGCGCCUUCGCGUCAAAGAACAACGCUACUGGGUUGCCGUCCGUCGAGGCGUUCAAGUGGAUGCAGUCGGUGGAAAAGGACUGGGACUGGCUGAAGGAGCUCUGGAAGAAGCAUGAUGUUAAAGUUAUCACUCUGAGAAGGCGCGACCACGUCCGCACGCUGCUCUCGAGGAUUACGAACCGGAACACGGGCCUCGCGCACCCGUCUCAGAAGCAGGCCCAAGUCCUGGCGAGUAAGAAGGUCCGGCUGCGGACGGAGCCCAAGGUGUUGCUGCGGCACCUCCGCAUCAUCGAACGGUCAUAUCAACAGCUCGGGCGCUUCCACGAGAAGGUCCAGAAGGCCGGGAUCAGCGCGAAGAUGGUCUACUACGAGGACCUCGUCGCCGAUCCACAAGCGUUGGACCGGCUCCGGACCUUCGCGCUGGGCGACGCGGCGCGCGAGCCGAGGUGUCGCGCGACAACGUCGUCAGAAACGGUCUAUCGCAUCCACGCCAAGAGUUUAGCGCAAGAAAUCUCGAACUACCACCAGGUCAAGGCUGCGCUGCGAAGCACGAAGUUCUCGAAGUUCCUCGAGGCCGACGAGGCCCAGACGCGCGCCGCGGCAUUGAAGCCGCAGUCUUUGAAGCCUCAGCAACCGCGGUACGACGAACGUGUCAGGGAGAGCUCCGCCGACGAAGAAAAAAAACGCGUCGAGGCCAUCGAACGGCAGACGGCCAAAGUAUUAGCCCGCGAGGAGAAGAAGGACCAGGAGUACGUGUCGAGCUUCCUCGCCGCCUUACGGGCCAAGGCCAUCGAGAGCAUGCACGCGCUCCUCGAGGCGGAGGCGGACGACGACGACGCCUAGCCUCCCCGGCGCCGCGUCCGCGCCGUCGACCCGUACUACGGCCGCGGCGCGCUGUUCCGCGAGUAA